UUCCAUCUCGACACACGACCCAACCUUCAUCCCGUACGCCAACGAACGGUUCCCAUCGCAAACGAGCGUAAUCGCACGCGCGCGUACAAAAAGAGAGGAUCUCGUGCGUCUGUUCGACUCUCGUUUGUCCUGUCCGUUUACUUCCUAACCCCCCUCAACCGAGUUUUUUUCGAGUACGCUUGUUCGACGGUUCCGACGGUUUAAUCGGUGACUGAGAGAGAGAGUAUCGACGCUAGAAGCAACAGCAGGAAGAGAGGAACGCGUCAACGCAGCCGACGACCAGCGACCGCCACGAUCAGAUCUCGGUUGCAACCGGAGGAGAGAAAAAGACAAAUCGAGAUGAAGCUAAUAGUGACAAUGAUGAUGUGCCUGCUGGGGGCGUCGUUUGCCAUGCCAGUGGCGGAGAACCAGGAAUCACUUCAGGUGGUGCCUCUGGAGAAGGCGACGAGCUCCGUGAAGCUCGCCUCGGCCGAUUUGGCGGACGUUCCGGCGCCCAGCCAGGAGCAAGCAGGGUCAGCGCCAGCAUCGGCGGAGUCCAAACCGGGCGUGCCAGCUGAGAAGCCUAGCGUGAGGAGCGAGCCUCUUCCGGAGAACUUCCAACUGUCCGAGAAGCCCGAGGAGAAAAAGGAGGAGCUCCCGCAGGCGAAGCCCGAGGAGAAGAAGGAGGAGAAUCCUCAGGAGAAACUGGCCGAGCAACAGCCGCAGGAGUCUCAGCCGGCGCCGGAGCAGAAGCCCGAACAGCCUCUGGACGCCAAGAAGGAGGAGGAGAGCCUGAAACCAGCAGCUUCAGAGUCCCACGAGACGGUGCAAGCUGCACCCCAGGAAGCUAAAUCGGAACCUGCUGCGCUACCAGUCGAGGAACCCGUAAGUACAACGAGUCCCCAGGGGAGGCGAACUAGUAUAGGUACCAACGAAACGUUCCUGGUGUUUCAGAAACCGGUGGCCAUAGAAGGUAAGAGCUCCGAGCAGGUCGACUCCGGCGAGAAGAGCGCGGAGGCUAGCAAAGAGGAGCCCAAGGAAGAGAAGAAAGCCGAGGAAGCGAAGCCCAGCGUGAGGAAGGAGGACGAACCAGCCCCCGCCGCGUCGGAAUCCUCGGAGGAGAAGGCUCAGCCAGCUGCCGAAGAGAAGAAGGCGGACAAGCCGCAAGAGGAAGAGAAGAAAGCCGAAGAGAAACCUGACCGCGUGACUCGUGACGCCGAGGAGGCAGCCCCAGCGGCCAAGAAGCAGCUCGACCAACCUGCUGAACAAACCGUCAGAGCCGCGGAGGCCGAGAAGAGCCAGCCGGAACAGCCCAAGCCAGCCGAGGAGAUGAAACCUGCCCUGGCCAGCGAGAAGAACGAGCCCACCCUUGAACAGCCAGCCGUGAACCCCGAGGAGGCCGCCAAGCGCGAGGAGAAGCCCGAGCCGGCCGCCCUGCCCGUCAAGGAAGCCAAGAGCGCCGAGGGUGCCGCUCAGCCAGAGUCAUCGUCGCCGCAGGCGAAACCCGCAGAGUCGAGCCCGGCCAAGCUGGACAACCCCGAGCCCCAGGCGAAGGCUGACCCCAUCGAGGAGAAGAAAGAGGAGCCCAUUAAGCUGGACGCCGCGGCGAAGGAGGCGAAGGAAGGUUCCGACGAUUCAUCGGAGGAGAAGCUCGCCAAGAAGAAGAAGGAGGCGAACAGCAGCGAGGAGUCAAAGAGCAGCGAAGAGUCAAAGAGCAGCGAGGACAAGUCAUCCGAGGAGAAGGAGUCCAAACCCGCCGAGGCAAAGCCGGAGCUGCUGCCCAAGCCCCAGGAGCUAACGUAUUUAUUUAAUCAGGGUUAGGUCCACCUACAACGACGGUCGCGCGCGAGACGAAGCGGGAAGACGAGCAACGGUAGCCAAAACAGCAGCAGCAAAACAUCGACCAGACCGAGGGCUCGCGACGCAGAGACCGACCGCGUCGACCGCACCAGAGCACAGGGAUGGGCGCGAGUUCUUCCCACGGAUAGAGGCGCGAUAGAUUGAGAGAGAAAGAGAGUGAGAAAGAGAGAGAGAGAGAGAGAGAGAGAGACGACAGAGCGCGUGCACGUCAGGAAGUGUCAACAGCAGCAGGAGAGAAAGAGGAUUUACGGAGUGAAAGCAAUCGGUGUGAAUGGGAGAGAGAGAUUGUACGAUCAA